AUGCAAAUCAUACUCGAGCUUCGAAAAGAGAAGAGUAGAGAUGCAGCGCGUUCUAGAAGAGGAAAGGAGAACUACGAGUUCUAUGAACUGGCGAAGAUGCUGCCACUACCAGCUGCAAUCACCAGCCAGUUGGACAAGGCUUCAAUUAUAAGGCUGACAAUUAGCUACCUCAAGUUACGGGACUUCUCUGGUCAUGGUGAUCCUCCGUGGAGUCGGGAUCCUCCGCCGUCCAGUAAGGCUUUGAAAGGCGCCCAAAACAGACGGACGGCGAUAGGUCUGGCUAUGGAAUUGUUCGAGCAGCACCAAGGAACGCAUAUAUUACAGUCCUUGGAUGGGUUCGCGCUUUCAGUGGCAGCAGACGGCAGGUUCCUGUACAUAUCUGAAACUGUUUCUAUAUAUUUAGGAUUAUCACAAGUAGAGAUGACGGGUAGCAGUAUAUUUGACUACGUGCAUCAAGCUGAUCAUGCAGAAAUAGCAGAGCAGCUAGGACUAUCCCUCACUGGAAGACCUGGACAAGCUGGCCUGAACAGUCCAGCUUCAGGCAGUGAAGAGGGAAGUCAGCACGGAACUAAUAACCCUGAUGUAUCAUCCCAAAUGAGUCUAGCGGCAAGUGGGUCGCUGUACCGAGGAAUGGAUCGAGCAUUUUGCGUGAGAAUGAAGAGUACGCUGACCAAAAGAGGAUGCCAUUUCAAGUCUUCAGGAUACAGGGUGGUUCUGAUGUUAUGCCGCCUUCGACCGCAGUAUUCCUUUUCCCAUAGCCGAAAGUCUCCAACAGUACUCUUGGGCAUGGUGGCCCUCGCCAUAGCAUUACCACCGCCAUCAGUCCAUGAGAUCAGAUUAGAAUCUGAUAUGUUCGUCACAAGAAUCAACUUUGACUUCCGAAUAGCGCACUGUGAACCCAGCCGAGUAUCAGAACUUUUGGGCUACACCGCGGAAGAAUUAACGGGGAAGAAUCUCUACGCCCUCUGCCAUGGUGAAGACGCCAACAAACUUAGGAAAUGUCACGUAGAUUUAAUGAACAAAGGCCAAGUUCUGACACACUACUAUAGGAUAAUGAACAAGCUCGGUGGCUACACCUGGAUGCAAACCUGUGCCACAGUCGUCUGCUCCUCUAAGAACGCCGAAGAACAGAAUAUUAUUUGCGUCAACUAUGUUAUCAGUGGACGCGAGUACCCAAACACAGUAAUGGACUGCUGUCAACUAGAAGAGAGUGUACAAGGAGUGAAAAGGGAAGAAACAACUGGAGACCCAGAGAACGGUCCACCAGAUACCGACAACUCUGGUGCUCCACCUCCUCCACCACGCCAUCAAGCAGAAAGAACUGAACCUCCAACGAACACUGACUCCGCAUCAUCAGCACCAGUCCCAACAUCUGAGGUCACACAUUUGACCAGACUUAGCGACGCACAACCACUACCUCUUCACACAAACACAGAAAGAACUUCACCCAUGCCAGCUAGAAGACUGAAGAAACGAAAGCAUACAACUGACUGCGAAGACGAAGCAGAAAGAGACGAAGAAAGGCGAAAGACUUCUUCCAAUCCUGGAGCUGCAAUCUCACCAGCAGAGCGAGACAUUUCCAAAACCAAUUUAGCUAUACCUGAAGGUGGGUCGGACGCCACAUCAGUUAGAGACUUAGAAAAUGCUAUGUCGAAGCACUUACCGUCAGUAGCUUUAGAUGGCAAAGAAAUAUCCCAUAGACCAACCGACUUCUCCACUGAUGCUCUUCUGAAACAGCAGCAACAGAAAUCAACAAUACAAUGGAUAGGGACGCAAAAUCACCACUUGAAUCCUCUGAAUAGACAGAUACCAGCGAACCACACUUCUACACCCGCGUCAGCUUUGUUAAGACAGCUUUAUGCGAAUAGAGAAAGUGUUAUCCGAAGCAACUUCUUAGGUGAUGGUAGAACUGGUGGUUAUUAUUCAGGUGAUGGCCAGUCUGGACCAUUACCCACCCCACCAGGUAGUGAAGGCUCCGGCUACGGAGAACAAUUAGGACAUAAGGGUACCGACAUAGGAUCUUUAGCUUACGGAGGAUACGCUGACUACCAUUCGGCUAUGACUCCUCCAGGUUCAGUAUCACCUAGAGAUAAGCAGCAAUACGCGUUGCCAUACGACAAUAGUGCUUAUUCUGAAGCGUUAAGACACUCGUAUUUAGGUGAAGCGCCUUUACCGUUGAAGCCUCAAGCGUAUUCAGCUGUUCCUGGUGCUUUAGACUAUGCUUCAUCGUUGGACCAGUCGCAGUUCUUCCAUCCUCCUUCAUCGUUCCACCUGUAUCAUCCUCAGGCGCAUUCUGCCCAUGCGUCUCACCCUCACCAGCCUGAUAAGUCCGCGCCACCAAAUACGAACUGGUACUCGGCAGGCUCAUAGCCGAAUCUUCGGCCAUCUUAUUAUUAGCAAGCUUCUGUUGAACCGAUUGUUGUUAAGUUUUCCCAUUUUUUGUUGUUUCGGGGCUCAAUUAGAUUAAUGGGACUAUCCCUGAUGCAUUAUUAUCGGAAAAUGUAUACGGUUAAACUAAACAAGACUUCAAAUACUAAAAUACUCAGUCAACGACAGUUUAAAGGGUGUUCUCUAUUUUUUUGGAGUUUAUUUUUUAAUACUCUUUGGGGAUGUGCCAAAAAUUGUGCUUUAGGCAUGGACCUUGCAUUUAUAUCAGUCGUAUACUCUCAUAUAUUUUUAAAGGCAACUGCGCCAAUUAUCUUGUGCACUAAAUAGGUAACUUUCAUUUACUAACAGAAGACGAACUUUAAAACAAAAAUUGAACUUUUUCUUUUUUUUAAUUGUGGAUCCUAUUCUUAAAGGUAAAGGAAGUUUGAAAUUAAAGACAUUUUAGUACACAAGAGAAUCAGCGUCACAAUGAUUAUAAAAACGUUAAAAUAUAUCGAUUUAACAACACAAAAUAUUCAUGGAUUGAUCGACUUCCAAUUUCAAAAUUUUAUCGAUAGAGUACAGCCCUAUCGACAUUAUUGCGUACUUAAAAUAAAUAGUUUUAUUUAAAUAAUCCAGUGAAAUCAUGAGCUAUAAUAAUAGCUUUUUGCAUAUCAUUUAUAGUUAAGCUUUUUGUAAAUUAUUGUACAAUAGUUUAUCGACAUGACUGUAUUUAGGCGAUAAUGAUAAAUAAUCAUUUAAUAUUGUAAAUUCUAGCAUUUAAGUAUUGUAUAUUAUUAUUAUUUUUAUUAAUCAGUAUAAGGUUUCAUUGUACAUAAUUACUUAAUGGUCAUCUAUUAGAUUUUAAUCGAAUUUCAACGUAUCGAUACUUUUAUCGAUAUCCUUCGUUUCUCCGUCACUAGGAACCAAGCGCCAUUACAAAAUAUUUUAAAACAUUAAUAUUUCAUUAAAAUUAUUUUAUUUUUUAUGAUUAGAAAAAUAAAACAUAUAUUUAAUUGUCAUUGUAUGGAACAUGACAAAAUCGUUUUUUGUAGCCAAAAUACUCAAACAUUCCAGUUUUUUUUAUUAUAUUCAAGCC